GAAGGUACAUGAUGAUGGUUGUGAUGCUAUUGUUCAUUCAUCACUUGGAAACAAUCUUCCUCCCGCAAUUGAAGCACUAGGGUUUCUGCGCUGCCAGAUCCGUUUUCGGAUUUCCGCUUUCUGGAUUCCCAGUCAUUUCUUCAGAAAUUCAACAUGUUUUGGCGCAUGGCUGGUCUGUCCACGGCGUCGCCGGUGGAGACCAUUUUGGACAGGGAUAACUUUACUUUGGAUGAACUUCUUGAUGAGGACGAAAUUAUUCAGGAAUGCAAAGCUCUCAAUAGUCGCCUUAUAAAUUUUUUGUCUGCAAAACCACAGGUUGAACAACUGAUACGAUACAUCAUUGAAGAAGCUCCAGAGGAUGCUGAAAAGAAGCGAUCUUUUAAGUUUCCCUUUAUUGCUUGUGAGAUAUUUACCUGUGAAGUUGAUAUCAUACUCAAAACUCUUAUAGAGGAUGAGGAAUUGAUGAAUUUGUUGUUCUCCUUUUUGGAUCUAAAUCACUCCCACAGUAACCUACUAGCAGGAUAUUUUAGCAAGGUAGUUGUAUGCCUGUUGCUACGUAAGACAGUUCCUUUCAUGCAAUAUGUUCAAGCUCACCGGGAAAUUGUGAAGAAACUAGUUGACUUGAUUGGAAUCACGUCUAUCAUGGAGGUUUUGAUACGUUUGAUUGGUGCUGACGAACAUAUGUAUGUAAGUCAUGUGAAUGCAAUGCAGUGGAUUGAAGAUUCUAAUGUGCUUGAGAUGAUUGCAGAUAAAUUCAGUUCUUCAGAUUCUCCAGAAGUACAUGCUAAUGCAGCAGAAACUCUGUGUGCUAUUACACGAUUUGCUCCUGCAGGGCUUUCUGCAAAAGUCUGCAGUCCUAGCUUUAUAGGAAGAUUAUUCCGUCAUGCCCUGGAAGUCUCUCGGCCAAAAUCUGUUCUUGUAAACUCCUUAUCUGUAUGCAUAUCUUUGUUAGACCCCAAGAGACAUACUUUUGGAGCUUAUUAUACAUAUAAUCGACAAAUGACUAACGGAUCUAGUGUAACUGCAAAUCCCGAGACUGUUGAAGGCAUGCUAGAAAGCCUAGGUGAUUUACUCAAGCUAUUAGAAGUUUCUUCUUCUGAAAAUCUCUUGCUAACUACUUUUGGCAAAUUACAACCACCUCUUGGUAAACAUCGUCUAAAGAUUGUAGAGUUCAUAUCAGUCCUAGUAACUGUUGGUGGUGAAGCUGCUGAGAAGAAAUUGAUUGAUCUUGGAGCAGUGCAAAGAAUUAUACACUUGUUCUUUGAGUACCCAUACAAUAACUUUUUGCAUCACCAUGUGGAAAACAUUAUAACAUCUUGCUUGGAGAGUAAGAAUUCUUCUCUUCUGGAACAUCUUCUCCAUCAUUGUGAUUUUGUCGGGAAAAUUAUUCAGGCAGAAAAGCAAUUCACGUUGGAAGCUGAUACAAACAAGGCAACAAUACCUGCCGAGGGAAAAUCAGCACCUAGGAUAGGAUGCAUAGGACACUUAACCCGUAUAGCUAACAAACUUGUCCAGUUAGGGAAUAACAACACUGUGAUUCAGGAACAUUUGCAGGGAAAUAGUGAUUGGACAGAUUGGUACUUGGGUGUUCUAUCCAAUCGCAAUGCUGUGGAGAAUGUCUAUCAAUGGGCGUGUGGGAGGCCAACAGCGUUACAUGACAGAAAUAGGGAUAGUGAUGAGGAUGAUUAUCAAGACCGGGACUAUGAUGUAGCAGCAUUAGCAAAUAACUUAAGUCAAGCCUUCCGUUAUGGCAUUUACAACAGUGAUGACAUUGAAGAGGUUCAUGGCUCUCUUGAACGAGAUGAUGAGGAUGUCUACUUUGAUGAUGAAUCUGCAGAAGUCGUUAUAUCUUCUUUGCGGUUGGGAGAUGACCAUGAAAGUGGAUCUCUAUUCACGAAUUCCAACUGGUUUGCUUUCGAGGAGGAUAGAGAUCGAGUAGCCAAUGAGCGCUCAACCGGUUCCCUUGCUUCUCCAUCACCUAAUGCCGAGGAGGGUAUUGUAAAAGCCAGUGGAGAUGAUGUUGCUGGUGAGGAUGAAGAGUUAGCUGACACUGCAACAUCUUCUCCAGAAGCAGGACCAAAGUUAGAACAUGGUGGGACAGAUAAACCUGUUGAGUGGGUUGAAUGGAGGGAAUCUUCAGAUGCCAAUGACCCUUCUGAUGUUCUUCCGAAUGGGGAAAUUGGGAACAAUGAUCCUGGUGCAACUGAAUCACCAUCUCCAUCAGCCAGUGUUGCAGUGACAAAGGAUAAGCAGUUAGCUACUGAUUUGCCAUCAGCAUCUCUCGAUAACUCCACUAUUGUAACCUCUGAGACAACUAAAACAGUAAAUGAAAAUCCAAGGUCAUGUGCACCUACUUCUGCGGAUGGGUCAGUCGCCGAGGUUGGAGGAAACAGUAACAAGGACACAACUGACAACAACAAAGGAGUCGAACUUGAAUAGAUAAUGUAAAUUCCUGUGAACUGGCUUGGGUAGCGAAUCAUGCAAAAUUAAUCAGGUGGGAAAAGUACAUCCUGGAGUCUGGCUGGGCAAGAGCAUUUAGACCUCUCAGCACGCUUUUUUAAAUAGGAGUAUUAAAUUUUUAUUCCCACCAACUUCUGAAGCUAUAAAUUCAAUGUUUGAUGUGGCUUUAUUAGCUCAUACUGUUAGGUGCUAAUGGAUUCUUCACCUGUUCAUAUCAAAUGUUUAGCUCGCCCAAUUAGGUGCUACUAAAUUUUCCCCCUUUUCGUAUUAACUGUUCAUAUAAAUACGUCUCUCCGAUCCGAGUGUUUCGGUAUGAAAACGGGUUCCUUGCUUGACUUUUACAAUCGCUCAAAGUAACCUCGUAUGAUGAUUUUUAUAGGAAGUUCCUUGCCCAAGCUCAAAUGAUGUGAAUCUUUAGCAUUGAAGAGCUUGAGAUGGUUGCUGAUAAGGAGUUGAACCUCAAAAGCAUACUGAAAAUGGACCAAGACCAAAACAUGGGGGGUAGGGGAGGACGUUCUGUAAUUACGAAUUUUCUGAGAUGAACAAGAUUCGUUUCAUUGUUACAUGAACCUUCGGGUACUGAAACUUGUAUUGACUUGUCCCAGUAUAUUGUAUAAGUUGCUUCAGAAUCAACUUUUGAAAGACUUCCUGGUUGGAUUUAACUAGUUAAAUUGAAUUUCUAUGCAUUGAUCA